AGGCGUCAGGAGAAGGUCCCGAGGCGCGAUGGGAUCAUCGCCAGCCGCUCGGUUUCCUCCAAGACGCCGCGCUAGGGGCGGCGAACAGGAUCCAACCAGACUUUCGGAAACCAGGGGACCAGGUGCCUGGACAGCACCGCCCAGCUGAUGGAUCCGCCGGAACUCCGUAGACGGAGCGCCGCGCGCCGACGUCCGCACGUCGGACGACGUCACGACGCUAGCGUGCCUCUGCGCGAGGGCGCCGGGGCGCCAGGACGUCCGGUGAGGAGAAGCUCUCCAGAUCAGUUCUCACUAUGCUCUUAGCGUAGCUUUCGGAGUUAGCUUUCUACCCCCGUAGCAAAAUAAUAUUGUAAUUGUUUUAAAAUAUGGAAGUCCAAAUAUGUUAUCAGUAACAUCGCUAAUAUCUUAGCUCUUCUGAAAGGAAACCGGCGGUAAAAUGACUGCAGUGUGUCCUAGGAAAGUUUGGGCCGGAAGUGAAGGUGGGGAAAGUUACCCUCUGCAAGCCCUGAUGUCUCCAUCGUCUUUCAGUUUCCGCUUCAACAUAAGUCUGUCUGGCAGAGGGCAGAGCUGGGCUACGGAAGGCGGAGGGGAAGUGAUGUCAAACUUGGGACAAUUUGACUCUGAUUUUUACCAAUCUAAUUAUACCAUUGAGAAUCAGGAGCAGAGUUGUAAUGACUCCAAUGCCUAUGGAAAUCUUUAUGGAUCCGGAGAACAGCAAGCCAGUGAGCAGCCUCAGCUUGCCUUUGUCCCACCGGAGAUGCUCAUGUCAUCAGGUUACACUGGACAAUAUUUUCAGCCCGCAUCCAACCCGGAUUAUUAUUCACAGUCUCCUUACGUUGACAGUUUUGAUGAAGAGCCUCCUUUGCUAGAAGAACUUGGAAUUAAUUUUGAUCACAUAUGGCAAAAAACCUUGACAGUGUUAAACCCAUUGAAGCCAGCAGAUGGCAGCAUUAUGAAUGAAACCGACCUGGCUGGGCCCAUCCUGUUCUGUGUGGCGCUGGGAGCCACCCUGCUUCUGGCAGGAAAAGUUCAGUUUGGUUACAUAUAUGGCAUGAGUGCCAUCGGCUGCCUAGGGAUUUAUGCCUUACUAAACUUGAUGAGCUCUUCCGGGGUGUCCUAUGGCUGCGUGGCGAGUGUGCUGGGAUACUGCCUGCUCCCCAUGGUCAUCCUGUCCAGCGGCGCCGUCUUCUUUUCACUGCAGGGCACGAUCGGUACUGUGUUGGCACUGGUCAUCAUUGUCUGGUGUAGUCUCUCAGCUUCCAAAAUCUUCAUUUCCGCCUUGGACAUGGAAGGACAACAGCUUCUCAUUGCCUACCCGUGUGCCUUACUUUAUGGACUUUUUGCCCUCUUAACAGUUUUCUGAAGAGUAUUUGAGACAGCAUUACAAGAUUCUGUUUAUUUGCUGUUCAGAUUAUUCUGGAAAUGUAUUAGCUUUCAAAUUUGGUAAUAUGUUUUAUUGCUAUUAAGAGACUAAUAAGCAGAAAAACAAAAAGGCACUUAUGGAUGCUGCUCUAAUAGCAUGCUUGGUUUGAAUGAUGUUCUGCGUCUCAGCUUGAUGCAUUAAAACAUAUAAACAUACUUUAAAAUAAAAGGGAUAAAGUUGUUGUACUGAUGGAGCCUGCUUUUCUCAAUAGAUGCAUUUCUGAGAAAUUGUAAGUAAAUAAAAUCACAUGCUGACUGGA